AUGUCUGCACUUCGGAAGAAAUUUGGGGACGAUUACCAGGUAGUGACCACCUCAUCCAGCGGCUCGGGCUUUAACCAGCCAGCCCCAGAGAAGAAACGGAAGAGGCAGCGCUUUGUGGACAAGAACGGGCGAUGUAACGUCCAGCAUGGAAACCUCGGCGGAGAAACCAGCAGAUAUCUCUCAGACCUCUUCACCACCUUGGUGGAUCUGAAAUGGCGAUGGAAUUUGUUCAUUUUCAUCCUGACUUACACCGUGGCUUGGUUGUUCAUGGCUUCCAUGUGGUGGGUUAUCGCCUACAUAAGAGGAGACCUGAACAGAGCUCACGAUGACAAGUACACGCCAUGUGUCGCCAAUGUGUAUAACUUUCCCUCUGCGUUCCUUUUCUUCAUUGAGACUGAGGCCACUAUAGGAUAUGGCUAUAGGUACAUUACAGAUAAAUGUCCUGAGGGAAUCAUACUCUUUCUCUUUCAGUCCAUUCUCGGAUCGAUUGUCGAUGCGUUUUUAAUCGGCUGCAUGUUCAUAAAGAUGUCUCAGCCAAAGAAGAGAGCCGAGACACUGAUGUUCAGUGAGCACGCGGCCAUUUCUAUGAGGGAUGGAAAACUCACUCUGAUGUUCAGAGUCGGUAACCUGCGCAACAGCCACAUGGUCUCGGCACAGAUACGCUGCAAAUUGCUCAAAUCUCGGCAGACGCCCGAAGGCGAGUUUCUUCCGCUGGAUCAGUUAGAGUUAGACGUGGGCUUCAGCACCGGGGCGGACCAACUCUUCCUCGUCUCACCGCUCACCAUCUGUCACGUGAUCGAUACCAAAAGUCCUUUCUACGAACUCUCCCAGAGAUCCAUGCAAACGGAGCAGUUUGAAAUUGUUGUGAUAUUGGAGGGCAUUGUGGAAACCACAGGCAUGACCUGCCAGGCGCGGACGUCAUACACGGAGGACGAGGUGCUGUGGGGCCACCGCUUCUUCCCCGUCAUCUCCCUGGAGGAGGGCUUCUUCAAGGUGGACUACUCGCAGUUCCACGCCACCUUCGAGGUGCCCACGCCGCCCUACAGCGUCAAGGAGCAGGAGGAGGCCCUGCUCAUGUCCUCACCGCUCAUGGCGCCCUCGCUCUGCAACAGCGCCGGCGAGCGGGGCAACAGCCUGGAUUGUCUGGAGCAGCUGCUGGAGGACAGCGUGGCGGCGGACAGCGGCAGCGCGGCGUCGGCAUCGGGUACCAAGCUGCCGGCGAAGCUGCAGAAGAUGACGGGCCGCGCCGGAGACGGGGGCACGGGGGGCGGCGCUGCCGGUGGCGUCGGCGGCGGCACGGGGCAGCCGCUCCCGCGCAAGCUGCUGCGAAUGAGCAGCACGGCCUCGGAGAUGACGUACAGCCUGGGGGGCGAACUGCCCAUGAAGCUGCAGCGCAUCAGCUCAGUGCCCGGUGUGGCCGACGCAGCCGCCCCCGACAGGCAGCAGCUGCUGAUGGGCGCCAAGAUGGCCGCCAAGAUGGGCGCCGACCCCAUGAGCCAGUCGGUGGCGGACUUGCCGCCCAAGCUGCAGAGGAUGGCCGGCGGCGGCGGAGGGGGACGCAUGGACGGCAACUUGCCGCCCAAGCUGAGGAAGAUGAACUCGGACCGCUUCACGUGA